UUAUUAUUAUUGUUAUUAUUAUUAAAAAAAAUUUAUAUUAUUAAGAAUUUAAAUAUUGUUAAUGAUGUGGAAUAGAUCACAACAUAGAUUCAAUGCUGGAGGAUCAGCACAAAAUUCAAUGAGAAUUUUACAAUGGCUUUGUGAUGAAACUUUACAAAAUCGAUAUACUGUAUACUGUGGAGGAAUUGGUAAUGAUUCAGGAGGAAAAAUGUUGGAAAUCCUAGUUAAAUCAGCAGGUGUGGAUAUCAGGUUUUUUCUUGACACACAGUUUUCCUACAGUAAAAGCACUUGUUAAACAAGCAGAAGAAAGAGAUAUAAUUAUAGCUUUCAACCUAAAUGGAACAUAUAUAUUUAAUGAUCAUCAUAUAGCAAUUUGUGAAAUGAUAGGAUAUGCAAAUAUUGUAUUUGGUAAUGCAAGAGAAAUGGAGGCCUUGGCUCGAUCAUUAAAUGUUGCUUAUGAAGAUGUAACGGAUAUACCAUUUUUACUGAAUAGCUUAAAAAGAAUUACAGUUAAUAUUUCUAAUACAGUCAAUGCAGAUUGGUUGCGUCAUGGAGGAGUAUUUGUUAUGAGUCAAGGUGAUUCAGCUCCAGCAAUUACUGUUUGGGGAAGAAGUCAAUCUGUUCAAGUACAACCGAUUAAGCCAAAAGGCUCUGUUAUAGACACAACAGGUGCCGGUGAUUCUUUGGUAGCUGGUUUUCUGGCCGGCGUUUUAGCUCGAUGGAAACCAAAACAUUGCUUAGAAUAUGGUUGCAAAGUAGCAUCUUUUAUGGUAACCAGAUUUGGGGUUAUGUUACCAGAUAAUGUACCACCAGAUUUAUUGGAAUAACAAGUAUAAUUAUUAUUUACGGAUUGGAUCGUCACUAAAUAAUAUUUAUCUAUCUGAUGCGAAAUUCUAUAAGUAAUUUUUAUUCAGAGUUUUAUUAGAAAAAGAAUUGUUGUGAUAAUAGAAAUAUAAAGUUUUGUAUUUAUGUUUAUAUUUUUUUAGCGAUAUCGUAACUUAUUUAUAAUAGUUACGUAAUUUCUGUAAAAAGGAACUUUUCUCAGUUUAUUUUAUAUCAAUGUUAAAUUUAUAAAAUUUUAGAACAAUAUUUUUUUCUAAACGGAAUUUUUUUUCGUUGAGAAAAGAUUAUACUAAUAGAUUUAAUCAUACUGUUAGUCAUCUUAAAAAUAAUGAAAUAAUAUUUUCAACAAAUAUUUAAAAAGCGAAAUAUUGUAUCACAUUGUACAAGGAAAUCUUAAAUUUAAGCAAGAAGGGUUUAGCCGAUAAAAAUCAUUAAAUUGUUCAUUAUUGAUGUUGAAUUACUGAAAAGAUGUUAUAUCUACAUAAAAACAAUAAUAUACAAUAGUACUGUACAAAUUUAUUUUUACAAAUAAAAUUAUUUUGGAAAAUA